AUGUCGGCUUCUUUAGUCCGGGCCACUGUCGGGGCUGUGAGUAAGAGGAAGCUGCAGCCCACGCCGGCCGCCCUCACCCUGACAUCUUCAGCAAUAAACAAGAUAAAACAGCUUCUUAAAGAUAAGCCUGAACAGGGAGGUCUGAAAGCUGGUGUCCGAACCAGGGGUCAUAAUGGCCUUUCUUACACUCUAGAAUAUACAAAGACAAAAGGAGAUUCUGAUGAAGAAGUUGUUCAAGAUGGAGUCAGAGGGUUCAUCAAAAAGAAAGCACAGCUAACACUUUUAGGAACAGAAAUGGACUAUGUUGAAGAUAAAUUAUCCAGUGAGUUUGUUUUCAAUAACAAACAUCAAAGGAACGUGUGGCUGUGGAAAAAGUUUUAAUAUUUGACUACUCUGGCUGUAAGCUCCAGGAACACUCAUGGAAGUCCUAGGGCUUACUGAAGAAAUCACGUGACUGUCAUGUGCUUAA